AUGCAAGGUAGUUACAAAAAUGGGGGAUUACCUAGACCCUACAAUAUGAAACCAAUCAGACCCAAAAAGGGUUCUCCAUAUCAAAAUUUCCAAAGUAAUUGGUUCAACUCACCUAGAAGGAAGGCUUUGGGAUAUUUCUUCAUGUUGUUUUUGUUUUCAUUGAGUUUUUAUUGGUUAGGACAAACAUUAAAAUCCACCCCAGAUACUAUUUAUGAAUUGGAAGACGUUGAUAAAAAGUUAAUGAAUUCUUUACAGGAUGUUGAUAACCUCGUGGGAAAGAUAUCCAAUGAAAAAGACAAAGACGAAGGUGUAUUGGAUGCUAAAUUAGCUGGUAAUAUGAUGGCUAAUUCUAAAGGAGAUAUCGGAAUUGGAAUUAAUGAAGCACCAAAAGGAGGGAUUGCUAAUGAAGCACCAAUAGUAGGAAAUGAUGAAGAAUUGAUCUUAAAAGGUAAAAAAUCCACUAAAAAGAAUGAUCAAGUUGAAAGAAUUUUGAAUGAUAUAGAAUCUAAACAAGAAAUUUUAUAA